AUGAGUUUGGACAUUCCUGAGAGACAGAUUUUGGUUCAUUAUCCCGACGAUGGCUUUCCGUACCAUCAUAGAGUACUGUUGGUCAGUCUUGGAAGAGCUCGCUGGAUCUGGUCUACCCCCGAUCUCUCGGUGCGCGCGGUCGACUUGUCAGAUCGGGCUUUGGUUAACUCGAUGAUCCCGCUGGCGAGGGCAAGCACGUACACUCCAGGAUUGCAUGUGUACGGAUUCGACAACCCGAUCACCCCGAGGGACCUGGCCAGGAUCAGAGCGGAGGGUCGAGCGCUGGGGGACUUGCUGAGCUCAGCGAGAGACCCGGCCGCUCCGAUGUCAGCCGCAGGUGCCGAUGUAGUGUACAUGUACUCGGACCCGUCGUGCUUGUUUUUCGCGGAGGAGGUUAACAACCGCCUCUUGGGCAAUCGAGCGGAGGCCGUGGUCAUGGGCUCGAAGGCGCUCGUGCGGCGCGGCCUGGAGUGGACGACGGCGGAGCGCGUCUCCGCGGACAACAAGCUAUGCUGGGUGCUGGAGAAGUUGGGGGGCGAGAGCCUCGAUUCGAGAUUGCUGUCUCGGAUGCUGGGCCCGAACGCUCAGACGAGUACGGCUCCUCUGAGCGAGGUCGUCACGUUGCUGAAGCAGUCGAUGCGGGCCGUGGGCACCCCGAGCGAGCGGGGCCAGUCAUUUCUGGAGUUAGCCGAGAUUGUGGCGGCGUCUGGGCAGGAGUUUGGCACGUAUGCAGUCUUCUGGGAGUGCGCUAACCGCCAGGACGGCGUCCAGGCGAUUCCUGUGAUGCACCGUCACUUGCUGAUGUUCCUGCACAUGAUGGUGAGUUAUGAUAAGUUGAAGUUGUGUAACUUGGCGGCAGCGGAGUUCGCGGCACGCCGUGUGCUGAUGAUCCAUAGCGGCUUGAUCCUCGGAGCCCGCUUCGAUAUGGAGAUGGCCAGGAUGCGCAGGACUCAGGCGCAGAUCAUGAUGAUCGAUCGUUUGUUGAGGGAGGAGCUGAGAGACUCGAAGCGCCAGAAGACUAGCAACAAGGACAAGAACAAGAGCGGAGGCGAUGCGGGCGCCGGUCUCGCCUCGGACAUCGACGAUGGCGUUCACGCGCCGGAGCCGACGAGCCGGGACGUCUUUCCCGUUCCGUGCGUUGGAGAUAGGCGAGAUGCGCCCUCGAUGGGCAUCUUACCGCGUCACGUGGCCGCCUGUGAUCGGAGGUUCGCUGAAGUUGUGGGCUCCCUGAACGCGCUGGCAGUCGCUCGAGCGGGCGUUCGCCCCAAGCCAGUCGGCGCAGUGGUAGGGCCCGACGCCCAGCCGAUGGCGGCUGACCCUUGGAAUUGGAUAUUCAGAAUUCCAACUGAUGAGAACAGGAUCGCCGAGGAGGCGACGAUCAAGCCCUACCUCGACCCUGUGCUGCGCGACCCUCGUCACAUGGGCGCUCUAGUGCACAAACUUAACGACGCGGGCAUGCUGUCUUUUCGCCGACGGGCCCGUUGCUUCGUGGUUGCCUUCACGGUGAUCAAGAAGGACGGGUGCCACCUGAGGUUGGUCUUGGACUGCAGGCCGGCGAACGCCCUGCGCCGCGCCCCUCCGGUCAGUCAGCUAGCCACGGCGUCGGCGCUGGCGGGCCUCGUGUUGCGGGGCGGAGAAACCUUGGCCGCUGAGCACGACGCGGCGGGCCGUCCUUUGGACAUGCAUUUCUCGGGCGCGGACCUCACCGAUGGCUACUUCCAGUUUGAGUUCGAGGAGGUCGCGGGGUACUUCUGCCUGGCCCACAGGGUGAAGGCGAGCGACUUCGGCGUCAAGACGGUCUUUGACGAUGAUCGUCGCUGCUGGGACUCGGUGAGCGCUGACGAGAUGCUGUGGACGUGUGUCAAGGUGAUCCCGAUGGGCUGGACGUGGUCUCUGUUUUUCUGCCACUCCGCGCUGACGGACGUUCAGGUUUGCGCGGAGAUGAGGAGACGUGGUCACGGGGAUAGAGACGCGGUUGACGCGCGGGUCUUGCGCGAUCGCCAGCCGCCUCCAAUCCUCCAGCCGGGCCUUCCCAUUCUCGCGCCCUACGUGGACAACGCGUUCCUGAUAUGCUGGAACCAAGAGGACGCCGAGGAUUGCUUCAGGUACCUGUUGGAGGAGCUGGAGCGCCGCGGGUUCGUGUGGCGCGACGAGAUCCGCGCGGAGCGCGACGUCGUGCAGGUGGGACUUCGGCUGCGGGGUGGAUCUCACCCGAUCGUUGCUCACAUGUCAGAGCGCACCUGGCGGCUGUACUGCGCUCUUCACGCGGCCAUUCGGUGUCGGCGUUUUUCGGACCGGCAGGUCCGGCGUCUGGUGGGGCACCUGGUCAAUCAUUUCAUGCUGUUCCCGCCGUUCAUGCCAGUUUUACACAAAGUUUGGCGCUGGCUCACCGAUGACGCAGAUCAGGUGAGCGUCCUGGCGCCGACGGUGAUUGGCGAGUUGCAGACGGCGGCGGGACUGGUGCUCGUCACAAAGCAUCAGAUGCGUUUGAGGACGGCGACCACGGUGUUCUGCUCGGACUCCAGCGGUAAAGGCUACGCGCUCCACGUUGGCCACUCUCAGAGCGCCAAGUCCUGGGAGUACGCGCAGGAUUGCGACGACGACACUGCUACGGGCCCCAGCUCCAUCGCGGCGGGCUCCAUGUCGCUCGCGCCCGCCCUCGAGGAGGAGCUGGGCUUCACCGAGGUCGGGGCCGCGGAUCUGACAUCGACCUCGUGGAGGGCGGGAUCGUCUCGGGUGGCCUCGCAGCACGCCACAGUCACCUUGGACACUCGCGCGGUGCCCGAGCUCGCGGCCGUCUACUCUGACCGUCUUCGUUGGCGCCGGGUCGUGGUGGGAGCUUGGUGCCGCGCCGACGCCAUUCACAAUAAGGAGGCUCGCGCCGCCUUGCUUGGGCUACGUCGCUAUACGAGGUCCCCGUGGAACUGGGGCGCUGAGGCUCUGUCGGUCGGGGACAACCUGUCGGAGAUCCGACAGGAGCUCUUCAGGGAGCCCGCGGACUUCGGUGGCGACGACUCGCGCCUCGCUGAUCGUGGGUUGCUGACGGCGGGCGAAGCCUUGGGGGGGGCGCCUUGUGGGCGCGUCUCCGAGGCCGGGGGCGUCGCGACCUCGCAGAUAGAGAUCGAGUUCGAGCCGCCAAGCCUCCUAGCAUGGGUGCAGGAUCGUCGCCGUUCGAUGACGAGACACUACGCGAUCGAUUUUCACAAGUGGGCCGGCUCCUUUGAGGGCCGCUUCGAAGGGGGAGACGACUUCAUCGGCUCGGCUGAGCUCUCCUGGGCGCCGAGGCGGUAG